UGGGAGGAGGAGUCAGGCUUUAUUGACAUGCGUUUGCAGAGCAGAAGACUACAGAGAUAGACCAAACUACAGCCAAAACGGCGAUGUCACUGUGAUUGUUACAAAUACCGUAUACAACUUCACCGUCAGUUUUGACAUACAACGCAACGAGUCGUUAACAACAAACAAUGACUUUUCAUACCUGAUCUCCGUUUUAUUCCCUUUUCUGCAGAGCUGAUAAUGCUUAAAAUGAAGCUGCCCAUGAAAUCGCCGGUGGAAGGAGGAGACAAAACGGCCGAGGGCGAGCUUGAAGAAAACUCUGAAUGCAAUCUCCAUAUUCCCGGUUCUAGUUUCCAGACGUCAACUGACUCCAGCAACAGGUUUACAGAUUCUCCGAGCGGACUGCGGUACUCUCUUAAUAAAGAGGCGGUGUACGAGUGGUUCGGCUUGUACCUAAGCCCGGCCAAGCGGAUCGAGUUUAUGUGUGGACUGCUUCAUAUGUGUCAGCCGCUUGAGUUACGUUUUCUGGGCUCUUGUCUUGAGGAUCUUGCACGAAAAGAUUUUCACAUCCUCAGAGACUCUGAGAUAAAAGCAAAUGGCCCGAACGAUCUGAGCUUGUUGACUGAUGUCAGUGACCCUGUGAUCCGGUCCAAACUUCUCGUGUGUAUGUCCCUCUUGGGGUCUGAGAACAGCGAGUGCGCUGGGAUACUAUUCCGUAUCCUGAGCCAUGUGGAUUCCUUUUUCAACUUCAACAGCUACGGCUUACCUGUCACUUCUUAUACAGACCCACAACAUCAUCACCACCAUCAUCGGUGUGGUGAUGGAGAGGAGCCCGUGGGAUCGUUGCAUGGUUGCAGGCCGCCAAUGGAGGCAGAGGCCGGUGCCCAGCAGCAAUUGAAGCUGCUUUUCACCAUGGCCUCCUUGCACCCAGCUUUUCCUUUUCACCAGAGAGAGAGUCUGAGAAUGCACUUGGACAAGAUUGAGGGGUCUUUCGAAGAAGGGAGACAACAUUAUCAUCACAAUAUUACUAGGCAGUGCAACGUUCAACCAAAUGAUUACUUUGCUCCCAGUACUGACAACCUGUUUGAAAGAACGGCACCUGCUUGGGGAAAUCAGACCGCCUCUAGGAAAGCACAGAGAGAAGCAGUACACAUAGAGACGAUUGUGCUGAAAGGAGUGUCAAGAAGUAGGAUAGACAGAUGCUUGGAGUACACAUUUGAGGUCAAGUGGUCUGAUUUGUCGAUGAGCUCCGUAACAAAAACACACCAAGAGCUUGAAGACUUUUUAUUAAAGCUACCAAAAGAGCUUUCUACCGAAUCGUUUGAAAGAGGCAUUUUAAGAUUGCUGAACCAAGGAGACAAAUGGGAACAUGGGGACCUGGAGCAGACUUUAAUGGAUGCGUUUCUCACAGCACCACAAGCUUUCCGGCAAAGAGAUAAGGUCUGCCUUUUCUUCCUUUCCAACUCAACAGACCCAGGCCAUAGUCACAAUAUGGAGCCGCACGUGGCAGGUCAUCGUAAGAAACAUGCCGGCAAAAACCCCAGCCUCAGCAUUCUGGGUAGCAAGGGUUCUCAGAUGGAGGGACUGAGGGCCCAGCACUUGAAGCACAACGGAGUUCUAGAUUGGAGGAAGAAAAGUUGCUCUUUGACACAUGACCCAGAGCACUGCAAGCCAGCUUCUGAUCAGCAUCUAAGUGAAGAUAAACUGAGUUUCCCUCCUGGCAGCAAGAAGAAAGUGAAAUCUGCAACUGACGGAGAGAAGGGGAAGAAAGGAGACAGUAGAAUAAGCUACAUCACCAAUGGCAUCCUGAGACCUGCUCCAGUGCAGCUUGUGCGAUCAGAGUCUGGGAAAGAUCCCAGGCUGGAUGCUGGCUCGGGUCCAGACACCUGUGGAGAGACAUCCUCUGAGAGCUACAGCUCCCCCUCUAGCCCCAGGCACGAUGGCAGGGAGAGCUUUGAAAGUGAGGACGAGAAUGACAAGGAUACUGACAGUAACUCUGAAGACUCUGGCAAUGUAAAGGGUGCAGCUUCUGCUGAGGGAAGGUCUGUCACGCAAGCUGUGUUCCUGAAGGAUGCUGUCCUGCGGCCAGAGAGCCACCUGAGUACCUCGAAGUUCACCCACCUCUCUUUCAUGCCGCCCAUCCAGUGUGUGAUCCAGCACAGUGCUCCCAAACCCGAAGGAAUGGUCCCUCCACAGACAGUAGACGGCAAGCCAAUGGGCUUGAUGGUGACAGUGCCCACUGCUCUUCCUUCCACGAGGGAGCCCAUGGUGAGCCCUGCAGCAGCCGGAGACUUAGAGAAGCAGCACCUAGAUACCACAUCUCUCCCACCUGCCUUAAGACCUUCCCAGCCGCAGCAACCAGGCAGCCCAGCUGUCCACCCCCUAAUUCAGCGCUUCAAAAUAACUGCCCCGCCCAUCUGCCAGAGCUCAGAGAACUACAUCACCACCCAGCAUCAGCCAGCAGUGGGUGCCAUCAAUUUGAUAUCCCCUAACUCAGCCUACAUGUCCACCCUGAAGACAGCCGGACGAUAUCCAAGCGGAGAGCCAAUGGGGUCAGGCCUGCCCCCCGCAAUGCCCCAUACUGAGGCUAUGCAAACCCACAACAAGCCUCCGCCAUUGUCCUUGCCCACAGGCCUGCCAGCUCCACUGCCCUCCUUUGGCCUGCCUGUCUCCAGGUCCUCCCCGGGAGCUGCGGGCACGCCUCCUCCCGCUCAUCCCCAGGCAGUUGGCCAAGUGCAGGCCAUGGUGCCUCCAGCUGUUCCCACUCACACCCCGGGACCUGUGCCCAGCCCCAGCCCGGCUCUCACCCACAGUACAGCUCAGAGCGACAGCACUUGCUACAUUGACAGCAGCGGGAGCUCUGCCGGACCCCAUCAGCCACCACAACAGCAGCAGCCGCAGCCGCAUCCACCUCCGCAACAGCUGGGAUGUGGGGCUUGCGGGUGCCGGGGCAGCUGUGGGAGCAACCACCCACCCAGCUUCUUCUUCACCCCCCAGCUGCAUCGGCAGCUCUUCAGCGUCCAGCCACUCUUCCACCUAACGUCCCUGUGCAACAGCAGCUACCUCAACCAGGCGCACCAGAGCAACGGUGCAACACAGCUGCCUUUCUUCCCACCUGCUCACUCGCCCUACCCUAACGGCCCCUUGCUGCACGCACACACAGACCACAUGCUUGGCAACCAGGCCAACUAUGGCCUCCAGCAGAUGGCUGCUUUCGGUCGCUUCUACCCACUGAUGUACCAGACGGUUAGCAUGAUGCCAAACGCUGCCAACGGAGCGGCAGUGAAGAAGAAUGGGAACAUCUCCUGCUACAACUGUGGGACCAGCGGACACUACGCACAGGAUUGCAAGCAGCCAUCAAUAGAGGCCAGCCAACAAGGUGGCUUUCGGCUUAAGUAUGCUCCUCCUUCUCAUCCUGAGACUCUAGACUCUGCAGACUAAAACAGCUGGACACCACAAAGGCGCUUUAUUGUUUCUUAAUAAAAUUAGUUUCCCGAGAGCCAGUGUUUUAAGAUUUUUCGACUUCUUCAGGGGAGGGGUUUAGUUAAUCUGAGAACGUGUGCCUAAAACUCAUCUAUAUCACAGGUGAGGGAAACAGUCAGUCAAAGAGCAUAAUGUUGAUCUCUAGUUUUGCACUGAAGACUCGCAAGAAGCACUUGCAAUGUUUACUGAAUUACUUCUUAAUUAGUACCACCAUAUCACUUAAAAGAUUUUUGGUAACAUUGAAAAGAAUGGUUUUCAUUUUGCGUAGUUGUGUAUAUGCUUUCUUUUACAAGACUAGCUUAGCCAGUCCUCUUUUUUUUUUUUUGUAGCAAAACAUUGAAAACCAGAUUGGAGAGUCUGUGCCUAUAUUUACCUUGUUGGAGCAAAUGUUUAAAAAGAAAGGAAAAAAAGCUUUAAAAAGGAUAUGAAUUUUGUAAAUGGAAAGAAGUGUUUUUUAAGUAUUUUGUUAGAGCAGCUAAUUAACAAAAACAUCUAAUUUUUAUAUUUAUUUGAAAUCUUAAAUUAAAAAGAAAAAAUAGUGUGAAUGUUGUAUAAAAUGUUCUGUUUAUAUGAAAACCUGCAAGAAGCCACAGUCAAUUCUUAAGAUACAUGUCUUUGUUUUAGUGUCAUUAUUAUUAUUAUUAUUAUUAUUUUUUUUUUUUUCAAAACAAAACUCUAAAGCUUGGAUUAUUGCAGCAGCGUUUUGAAUGUAAAACAGGUUUUGUAUUAUUAUUAUUAUUAUUAUUAUUAUUAUUAUUAUUAUUAUUAUUAUUAUUAUUAUUAUUAUUAUGUAUUUUUUUUAAGUUUAUAGUGGGUAUGAAUUUAUACAAAGAAAGGUGUUAAAGUCAGAAAGGUGAUCAUAAUUGUUCUAGAAAGUCAUUUCAAAAGCAUUUGCCACUAAGUAUAAUGUGAAACACAUUUAUUAAGAAGGUAUUAAUCAUGUCUGAGUCAUGUUGGGUUUAAAAAGGCCAAUAUGCACUAUUUUGUUUCCAUUCAUUUUCUAGUUUUCAGGAAUGCACUGAGGCAGUACUAAAACAGUGUAUGAGCAGAAAUAACCUAUGCUGCUAAUUUGUCCCAGUAGGUGGUGCAAUUGCAAACCAUUUCCUGUUUGUUAAAGAACAACCAUCUGAUGAAACAAACCAUAGUUGUAGAAUAUAAAAUGCCCCAGCAUUUACUUUUUAUUUUAUAAAUGUUAUACCUACAGCAGGUACUGCGGUUUUGGCAUGCCUGAAGAAUGUAUUAUACAGACAUGCAGGAGAAGAUAGAGGAUGCAUUUUGAUUUGAUUUUCUUGAGUUGUAAUAAAAAUAAAAAAUAAACAAACAUAAACAAACCAUAAAAUAAAAAAAACAAACAAACAAACCAUAAAAUAAUAAUAAUAAUAAAAAAAAUCAAAGUGUAUUGACUUUGAAAAGCUUUCUUUAGCUUCUGAACUAGUAUGAGCGCUCCAAGUGAAGAGCUUUCCGUAUUAAAAGAUGUAAGGACAAAAAUCAAAGGUGGCAUUUAUUUUGGGGGAAAAUAAAAAGUUUUGGACCAUAAUAUGUGUGAAUGACUUCUUCAAAGUUUUACUCUGAAGUCCUUAAGUCGAAUGGAUGGAGAAGCAUGGAAUCCUGUGCUUGCUUGUGUGUGCGUGUGUGUGUGUAAACCUGCCAGUUAAAUUUGUUGAAGUUAUUUUAAGGUUUAAAAUGCUGUACUGUAUAAGGAGGUAUACUGUUACCUUCAGUUGUAUGUUUACUGUGUUUGAUAUCUACAAUGUUAUUAUGUACUGGAAAAGUCAAUUAUAUUUCUAGAAAAAAUUUGAAUUUAUGCAUAUUUUUGUUUUUCCUUGAAUUAAUAGCAAUAAAAUAAUAAAAACAGA